UAAGACAAGUGGUAUUGUAAUUACCCGUGUGGGAUUUUGAUCCGAUAUGAUGAUGUUUUUCUUUACUUUCUCCAUUUUUAAAUGCUCGCUUCAUUUUUCAUUUCCGGCUAUUUUAAAAUACUUGCUUCAUUUUCUUAUUUGGAAAGCUUUUACAAUAUUUAAUUCAUUUCUCUCACCUAGUGGUUUAGUGGACUCAACAUAAAUCAUAUUUUAUUAAUUUCAUAUUCUCCCUCUUUUAAUUCUCAAUAUUACUUUGCUUUUUACAAUUUUUUAUUUUUUCACCUACCCCACACUACCUCUAUAUUUUUACAAUUUUUUAUUUUAUUACUCUCUCCAUAUUUUAUUAAUUUUUCCGCGGAGGGAGAAAUGAAGCAAAUAUUUAAUAAAAAUUGGAAAGAGUGCGAUACUACUUAUACCAGUACUAAAAAACCGUAAAGAAAAUACGAAGUAGUUUAUAGUACGUGGCAACACUACACUGGUCCCUACCCUCCACUGCAUGCACCCACAAAAGCUCAAUUUCCGAAAAGUGCCCUUUCUUCCUCCCUCCAUAAACUGCAUUUAACAAAAUCAUUUGGCGUCCACUAAGCUGUUCUUGUGUCUUCACUUUUUGGCGGGGAGAAAAGUGAAAAAUCCAUUAUAUUUCUUGAAAAAAGUUUCCCGCUGACAAAAAAAAUAAAUCAACAAAAAAAAAAAACAAAAAAAAAAACAAAGUAGUACCCAUCAAAAGGAAUGACAAAAGAAAUUGUUAGGGUUUCUCAUUUCUUGUUUGUUUUGUGGGCUUCUCUUUCUUACCUCAUUAUAACUUUGGUUUAGUUUUUUGAUACUUAAGGAGAGAGAAAGUGACAUUUUGGAAAAAGGGUUUUGAAAUUUUUUUGUGGGGUUUUUCUGGGUAUUCCUUUGAUUACUCAACUUUGCAGAAAGAUUAAAGCUUUAUUAGUGUUAAGUGCUGUAAAUGUGGUAAUUAAGGGCUAAUUUUUUUCUUCAUGGGUCCCUUGUAUUUAAUUCAAUGCUGGUGUUGAUUGCUACCCACAUUAGUGUCUACUUUUUUCUGGCACAGAGAUUUCUGGGUUAUUUUCACCAAAUGUGGGAAGUUUGAAGAAGUUGCAAGUUUGUUGAUCUUUUUGAUUGUUUUUUGGCUCAAAAGCUUCUGUUCUGGUGAAAAUUUAGCUUAGUGGUGUGGAGGUAGAAUGAUGAGGCUUUUUAGGUUAGUUUUGAUGUGUCUAUAUAUGGUUUCUACAAUGGGUCAGCUUCCGUCGCCGGAUAUUAUAGCAUUGCUUCAAUUUAAGAAGGGUAUUAAGCAUGACCCUACUGGUUAUGUAUUGAAUUCAUGGAAUGAGGAGUCCAUUGACUUCAAUGGGUGUCCGUCUUCUUGGAAUGGGAUUGUUUGUAAUGGCGGGCACGUUGCCGGUGUUGUUCUUGAUAACUUGGGUCUGUCUGCAGCGGCAGACUUGAGUGUAUUUGCUAAUCUUACCAUGUUGGUUAAACUUUCAAUGGCAAAUAAUUCCAUAAGUGGCAAUAUCCCUAGUAAUAUAGGCUCAUUUGAUAAGCUUCAGUAUUUGGAUAUCUCAAACAAUCUGUUUGCCGGCUCUUUACCAUCAGCAAUUGGUAGUUUGGCUAGCUUGCAGAACCUUACAUGUUCUGGAAACAACAUCUCCGGACCAAUUCCUGAUUCUAUUUCGGGACUCACUUCACUUGAGUCUCUUGAUUUGAGCCGGAACUCCUUGUCUGGUCCGUUGCCUGCUUCAUUGACUAAGCUAGGAAGUUUGGUUUAUCUAAAUCUAUCUGAUAAUGAGUUCCAAAAGAAGAUUCCAAAAGGAUUUGAAUUGCUUUCAAGUCUUGAGGUGCUUGACUUGCAUGGAAAUAUGCUUGAUGGAGAUCUUGAUUAUGAGUUCUUGCUAUUCUCUAGUGCUAUGCAUGUCGAUUUGAGUAAUAACCAACUUGAGAAUUCUGGUUCGAAGAAGGAGAAAUUCUUGGCUGGCGUGUCCGAGUCUGUUAAGUAUCUGAAUCUCAGCCACAACAGGCUUACUGGAUCGCUAAUUGGUCAAACUCAGCUCUUUGAGAACCUGAAGGUUUUGGAUUUGAGUUACAAUAUGUUUUCGGGAGAUUUGCCUGAAUUCAAUUUUGUUUAUGAUCUUGAGGUCCUCAGAUUGAGCAACAACAGGUUUUCCGGGUUUGUUCCUAAUGAUUUGCUGAAAGGAGAUCCUGUACUUCUUACUGAGUUGGAUUUGAGUGGCAACAAUCUCACAGGUUCAAUUGGCAUCAUCAUGUCUACUACGCUGCGGACACUUAAUCUGUCUUCAAAUGGUCUGUCUGGUGAACUGCCACUGUUGACUGGAGACUGUGCUGUCCUUGAUUUAUCAAAGAAUCAAAUUCAAGGGAACUUGUCAAAAAUGGCAAAAUGGGGAAACAUUGAAUUCCUUGAUCUCAGCCAAAAUCGUUUAACAGGUCCUGUUCCUGAGACGACAUCUCAGUUUUUGCAUCUAAACUAUCUCAAUCUUUCCCAUAAUUCCCUUAGUAGCCGUCUCCCAAAAGUUGUGACUCAAUUCCCAAAGCUUAGUGUCCUGGACCUAAGUUUCAAUAAGUUGGAUGGACCUCUUCAGAGUGAUUUGUUAACUAUGACAACCUUGCAAGAAUUACAUCUCGCUGGCAACUCUUUUGUUGGAAGUAUUGAAUUCUCUCCUCCCCCACGCCAGUCUGAUCUUCGAGUGCUUGAUCUUGCUGAUAAUCAUUUGGGUGGCUACUUUCCAGACAGAUUUGGGUCGCUGACUGGUCUGGAGGUGCUUAAUCUUGCUAAAAAUAAUAUUUCAGGUUCACUACCGACUUCUAUGAAUGAUAUGAGUUCGCUGACUUCUUUAGAUCUAUCUGAGAACCACUUUACUGGUUCUUUGCCUACUAACCUGUCUAGCAACCUUCAAAGCUUUAAUGCAUCAUAUAAUGACCUCUCUGGGGUUGUUCCAGAGAAUUUGAGGGUAUUUCCCCGUUCAUCUUUCUACCCUGGAAAUUCUAAGCUACAACUUCCCAAUGCGCCUCCUGGACCAGAAAGUUCUGGUGGAAACUCCAAGAGGAAAUCAAUGAAGACCCUGAUCAAAGUGAUAAUUAUUGUUGCAUGUGUGGUGGUCUUUUUCAUUUUGAUUUUGCUUGCCAUCUUCAUACAUUAUAUUCGUAUCUCUAAGAGACCUCUAUCAGAAGAUGUUACUAAGAGAGAUGUCCAUAGGAAGAUGCCACCAAAUCCCACAGGCAUUGGUGGGAGGGAAAAUCCCCAGAAUUUGGUUGUUUCAGCUGAGGACAUAAUCACCACUACCAGGAAAGGAUCCUCAUCUGAGAUAAUGAGUCCUGAUGAGAAAGCAGCUGCUGUAACAGGUUUCUCUCCAUCUAAAACUAGCCAAUUAUCUUGGUCACCGGAAUCUGGAGAUUCUUUUGCUGCAGAGAGUCUAUCCAAACUUGAUGUUAGAUCACCUGAUCGGCUAGCUGGUGAGUUGUAUUUUCUUGAUGAUACAGUAUCUUUGACACCCGAGGAGCUGUCAAAAGCUCCGGCAGAGGUUUUGGGUCGUAGCAGUCAUGGAACGUCUUAUAGAGCCACGUUAGAAAAUGGUAUGUUCUUAACCGUGAAGUGGCUAAGAGAAGGUGUUGCAAAACCAAAGAAAGACUUUUCGAAGGAGGCUAAGAAAUUUGCGAAUAUCAGGCAUCCAAAUGUUGUUGCAUUACGAGGGUACUAUUGGGGACCUACCCAGCAUGAGAAGCUCAUUCUUUCAGAUUAUGUCUCACCUGGAAGUCUUGCAAGCUUUCUUUAUGAUCGACCAGGGAGAAAAGGUCCACCAUUAACUUGGCCACAGAGACUAAAGAUUGCAGUAGAUGUUGCUCGUGGUCUGAACUAUCUCCAUUUUGAUCGAGCUCUUCCUCAUGGUAAUCUAAAAGCAAACAACAUAUUAUUGGAUGGUCCUGAGCUCAAUGCACGAGUCGCAGAUUACUGUCUUCAUCGCCUCAUGACUCAAGCUGGAACAAUUGAACAAAUCCUCGAUGCUGGUGUAUUAGGAUACCGGGCUCCAGAAUUGGCUGCUUCUAAGAAACCACUUCCGUCUUUCAAGUCUGAUGUUUUUGCCUUCGGAGUUGUAUUGUUGGAAUUGUUGACUGGAAGAUGUGCUGGCGAAGUUGUCUCUGGUGAAGGGGGAGGUGUUGAUUUGACAGAUUGGGUUCGGUUGAGAGUUGCUGAAGGACGGGGCUCUGAUUGCUUCGAUUCUGUCCUGACUACAGAAAUGGGAAAUCCUACUGUAGACAAGGGGUCAAAGGAGGUACUUGGAAUUGCUUUACGAUGUAUACGCUCAGUUUCAGAGAGACCAGGUAUCAAGACUAUUUACGAGGAUCUUUCAUCCAUUUAGUUUGUUUGAGGUUUUAGUUUUUUUUUUUUUUUUUUUUUGGGGAAUUUUGAUUUUUAGAUCUUCCUGGAAUUGGGAUAUGUUAGCAGCCUCAGUUUUUGAGUGUUAGUUUUACUGUAGGCGGUGGGAAUUGUUUUCUUGAAUGAUGGUUGUACAAAUGAGCCAUCAUUCAAUGUUUGCAUAUUAAGAUUAGAUGCCCAUAUGUAAAAAAGAAUUAUCACUUUGCGAAUACCUUAUUAGCAAUGUGAAAGCCUUUAACUUGUUAAUCAAAUCUCUUGCUUGAUUCCGAAAGCUGCAAGUUUUACUUUUCUAACUAUGGCAUUCCAAGAGCAGAAAGUUUUUAUUACAAUCCAGCUCCCUUGUUUUGUUUCGCACUUGUUUUCUUAUUGAUACUGCAAUGCAAUUCUGAAUUGAAAUGCCUGAGGGCCUGAAGGUUUUUACGGCAUUGGUCAAGGACCUCUUCCAUCUUGAAUGUUAAAGAAGUAAAACAGAAUGGAUUUGCACUUAACAGAGAGGGAGAAGUCAAUUAAAUUUCAGCUGAGCUAUGAUUCUGAAUUGGAGAAUAAUUAUGUUAUUAUUUAGUGCAUGGUGUAAUUCUUGUAUGGGUAUUCAUCAGUGAAAUCUAUGGAAGUUCACAGGCAGAGAACUAGGUUGGACUUGUUCAAAAGUCACAUGAAACUAUGAAAGUUCACAUUCUUCAUAUUGUCGACGAAAUUGCUUGUACUCUUGGCUAACUUUAUGAGCUCAAUUGUAUCAGAUGCAGUAUGUUGUGCAACCUGUUUUUUUUUUUUUUUUUUUUUAUCAUAGUACUUGUAAGUCGUAAGACUCGUAACAAGGUUACCUAAUGCCUAUAACGGCUAUAAGGCUAUAGCCACCAACUCAAGACCACUAAUUAAA